CUUCUCAGUGUUUGUCGAUUAGGUGUCUUCUAGUAAUUAAUAGGGGUAUUAAUUUCUCUGAGUCUCUGGGUGUUUCUCUCUCCAAUCCCAUUUGUUUUAUUUGGAACAUUUAUUGCAUCUGGUAUCAUUUUCUUCUUCUCGUCUUCUCCGAUAGUCAUUUCUCAUUAAGUUUCUGCCAUUUUAGCAUUAAAAACUAUCUUUUCACCUUCUAUUUUGCCAUUCGAAACUGUAAGAUGGAGGCGGACGAAGAUCAUCAAAAUCUUUCCCUAAUGAGGGCUACUUCGGCUAAUGCUAGGGUUAUGAUUGUGGAUUCCUCAAGAGUCAUUUCUAGAGGAUAUUGGUUUUAUCUAUAUAAGGGAAGAACCAGUUCUGAGCUUCAGAUGGGAGGCUUUCAGUCUCAAGCUUCCAUUCAGUCUGCCCAGGAUGGGAAUGUUUCACUUAAUUCCAAUCCUAUGGAGAUGGAGCAUAGUGACCAUGUGAGCCAACCUGACUACUCUGUUCGUGGUAAGGGUUUGGCCUCUGCUUCAGGGGUCAAAAGACCUUCCUUUCAGCUUCAUCAAGCUGUUGUUGGUGGCUCUUUGAGAUCUACCCUGAAGAGAGCUCGAGCUGGUGAUAGUGAUGAUAGUUCUUCUGCUGCAACUUCUGAACCUGAACAGGCGGGUGAUGCUGAGCACACCCACCCAGAAAAAUGAAUCUUUUGAGCUGGAAUGCACGUGGUUUGGGGAGUACACGUGCAUUCAGACGGCUCUCCCUUUUGGUGAAAAAUCAGCAACCUUCUCUCCUUUUUUUGAUGGAAACUAGACUUUCUACCCAUGCAGUUGAUAAGUUUAGAAUGGGUCUUUGUUUUGACCAUGCUUUUGAGGUCCCUAGGAAGUUUUUUUUUG